AGGAGGGGCCGACCCAAGACCCAGUCAGAGGAGCAGGAUGGAGGGGAGCGUGUUAACGCUGGGGCUGCUGGCUGGCCUGGUCGUGUGUGGCAGCUGGGGCCUGAACGAGGAGGAGCGGCUGAUCCGGCACCUGUUUGAGAAGAAGCUCUACAACAAGGAGCUGCGGCCCACGGCGCACAAAGAGGAGACCGUGGAGGUCACCCUGGCCCUCACCCUCUCCAACCUCAUCUCCCUGAAAGAAGUUGAAGAGACCCUCACCACUAACGUGUGGAUUGAGCACGGCUGGACAGACAGUCGGCUGAAGUGGAAUGCCAAAGAUUUUGGGAACAUCAGCGUCCUGCGUCUGCCCUCUGACAUGGUGUGGCUCCCAGAGAUAGUGCUGGAGAACAACAAUGAUGGCUCCUUCCAGAUUUCCUACUCCUGCAAUGUGCUCAUCUACCCCUCAGGCUACGUGUACUGGCUGCCGCCCGCCAUCUUCCGCUCCUCCUGCCCCGUCUCCGUCACCUACUUCCCCUUCGACUGGCAGAACUGCUCCCUCAAGUUCAGUUCCCUCAAGUACACGGCCAAGGAGAUCACCCUGAGGCUGAAGCAGGAGGAAGAAGGUGGCCGCCCCUACCCCGUGGAGUGGGUCAUCAUCGACCCCGAGGGCUUCACAGAGAACGGGGAGUGGGAGAUAGUGCACCGGCCAGCCAGGAUCAACGUGGACCCCAGUGCCUCACUGGACAGUCGCAGCCGCCAGGACGUCACCUUCUACCUCAUCAUCCGCCGCAAGCCGCUCUUCUACGUCAUCAACAUCCUGGUGCCCUGCGUACUCAUCUCCUUCAUGAUCAACCUGGUCUUCUACCUGCCGGCGGACUGUGGCGAGAAGACAUCAAUGGCCAUCUCGGUGCUCCUGGCCCAGUCUGUCUUCCUGCUGCUCAUCUCCAAGAGGCUGCCAGCCACAUCCAUGGCCAUCCCCCUCAUCGGCAAGUGCGUGCCGUCCCUGCCUGCCUCGCCCCGCCACUCCUCGCCCUGGGCGGGGGCUCCAGGCUGCACCUGUGCCCGCAGGUUCCUGCUCUUUGGCAUGGUGCUGGUGACCAUGGUCGUGGUGAUCUGUGUCAUCGUGCUGAACGUCCACUUCCGCACGCCCAGCACCCACGUGCUGUCCGACGGAGUCAAGAAGCUCUUCCUGGAGACCCUGCCGGAGGUCCUGCACAUGUCCCGCCUGGCAGAGGAUGGGCCCAGCCCUGGGACCCUGAUCCGGAGGAGCAGCUCUCUGGGCUACAUCUCCAAGGCAGAGGAGUACUUCUCGCUGAAGUCCCGAAGUGACCUCAUGUUUGAGAAGCAGUCAGAGCGUCACGGGCUGGCCCGGCGCCUCACCACCGCACGUCGGCCCCCAGUAGGCUCUGAGCAGGACCAGCAGGAGCUCCUCAGCGAGCUGAAGCCAGCUGUGGACGGGGCCAACUUCAUCGUCAGCCACAUGAGGGACCAGAACAAUUACAAUGAGGAGAAGGACUGCUGGAAUCGGAUAGCCCGCACAGUGGACCGACUCUGCCUGUUUGUGGUGACGCCGAUCAUGGUGGUGGGCACAGCCUGGAUCUUCCUGCAGGGCGCCUACAACCAGCCUCCACCUCAGCCUUUCCCUGGGGACCCCUUCUCCUACCGGGAGCAGGACAAGCGCUUCAUCUAGAGUGGGCCUGCCCUCCCCGGCCUGGCCCAACAACCAGGGCAGGUGGUGGGCCUGAAAGGGAUGUACAGGGGGUGGGCUGGAUAGCUGUGUGGACAGGGGUGUCUGGGAAACAACCAGAUCUUCCUGGGCAGACCCGUUCCCAGCCCUGAGACUUUCAGCCCCGUUGGUCCUGCCAGGCUGGGGCAGAGAUGAGCUGAGGUCAAGGGAGGGAGGGGGAAGCCCUGAGUCUCAACAGUGGUUCCUUUGCAAAUAAAGCCAGGAGCCACCGGAGAAGG